GCAUGCGUGCAGCGUGACGGGAGUAAUGGAGGACUGUCUGUGGUAACCGAAAGGAUUUCAUCUGUUUGUGCUCUGGUUCUUUGCUCUCUGAGAAGAAGCCCCUUGUCUACACCUCAGCGCGUAUAAGUCCUUGUGAAACUUGGGAUGCUAAGAUGACUACAGACACUCCAGCCCAAACUGCUGAUUUUGGGGUGGCGACGUUCACUCCUUCCAAAGAAGAGUUUAAGAACUUUGUCCGGUAUGUUGCCUUCAUGGAGUCACAAGGCGCACACAAAGCUGGAAUGGCCAAAAUCAUUCCCCCUAAAUGCUGGAAACCAAGACAUGCAUAUGAUGACAUAGAUGACCUGCUGAUACCUGCUCCUAUACAGCAGGUGGUGACUGGCCAGUCGGGCUUGUUUACGCAGUACAACAUCCAGAAGAAACCAAUGACUGUCCUCGAGUUUCAGAAGACCUCCAACUUGGAUAAGUUUUGCAGUCCCAGAUAUGCGGAUUUUGAUGAGCUGGAAAGGAAGUUUUGGAAAAACCUGACGUUCAACCCCCCACUAUAUGGAGCUGAUGUCAGUGGGACACUGUUUGAUCCGGAUGUGUCUGAGUGGAACAUGGCCCACCUCAACACAAUCCUGGACACUGUGGAGAGUGAGAGUGGAACGAAGAUAAAAGGAGUUACUACUCCAUGCCUGUAUUUUGGGAUGUGGAAGAGUGCAUUUGCUUGGCACACAGAGGAUAUGAAUCUGUACAGCAUUAACUACCUGCACUAUGGCGAGCCCAAGUCCUGGUAUGUUGUCCCACCAGAACAUGGCAGGAGACUGGAGCGGCUUGCCAAAGGUUUCUUUCCUGGGAAUGCUCAGAGCUGUGAAGCCUUCUUGCGGCACAAGAUGACUUUGAUUUCACCCUCAAUCCUUAAAAAAUACGGUAUACCAUAUGAGAAGGUCACUCAGGAAGCUGGCCAGUUCAUUGUUACGUUCCCAUAUGCCUAUCAUGCUGGUUUCAACCAUGGUUUCAACUGUGCUGAGUCCACCAACUUUGCUACGCAGCGAUGGAUUGAUUAUGGAAAACAAGCUAAAUUGUGUUCUUGUCGUCAAGAUAUGGUGAAGAUAUCUAUGGAUGUGUUUGUACGCAAGUUUCAGCCUGACCGUUACAAAUUGUGGAAAGCAGGGAAAGACGACACUCCCAUCGACCACUUAAAACCAACUCCAGAGGCAGCUGAGUUCCUCAGAAAAGACGAGAGCCAGUGCUCUCAAGAAUUUUCCAGAAAAGUAUCGUCUAAGGAACCAAUGUCUCCUUCCCAGAAGGACAAAAGCUCAAAUCCUGACAUUGGGGGAAAACAUCCACUUGAAGCUGUUCAGAACUCUGAAGGACACAAAUGCCAUGUCAGAGUUGAGGAGGAGGUGGAGCCUAAGAAACCCAAGACAUCAACCAAGAACUCUCCCCCAAAAAUUACAGACCCCCCAGCACAACCCAAGUCAGAAUCUCAGCUGGAAAAGCACAUGAAACCACAACCCAAAGGCUGUUCUAAAGCCAACAACAAGAAAACUUCAAACAGACAAAGUGCUGCAAGAAAGGAGAAGAACGCUGGACCGGCUGCAGAUAUGAGUCCCCUUGAGCCUGUAGAAAGUAAUGCAGUCGCUUCUGGUGCAGAGAGCAGUGUGGAGCCUCGGGUGGAAACCAGUGGUGUCCCAGUGCACAAGGUGUUUCAGAGGACACUCAGCCCUGCUGAUGUCCUGCACGUUCAUAGCUAUGCCAAAGGAGACUAUGGAGAAGAAAACUUGGUUCAGGAGGAAGGACGAACCGUGACAUGUGAUAAUAAGAAGGAAGACAUCAAACCUGUCAGCAGAGAAAAGGUGGCAGAAGAGCUGGCUCCCAUUACAGAGCUGGAUAACAAUCUGGAACAGCUGCCUCAAUCCCCACACAUAAAGGAUAGCAUCAGUGAAAAAGUAGAUGCUUUGGAGGAGCUUCCAUCAAUAGAUCCAGAUAGUUUCGAAGGGGACAACUGGGCUAAACCUCUGGCCCAUUUGUGGCAGAGCAGUCCUCCCAAUCUGAAGAAAGAGAAGGAGUAUAAUCAACGCAUGGGUUCUAAACCUCCAUACUGCUCCAUCUGUAUGCUCUUCCAGACUUAUCAGCAGACUGAGUGUGCCACCAGUGUGGACAGUCCAGUCAUGAUCACUGGUGGGUCAACACGGACCAAACCUCUCAUCCCAGAAAUGUGUUUCACCAUCACUACAGAAGAAGAUGCAGAGAGCAAAGAACAACCCGUUGCACCCUAUUUAGAGGAAGAUGGAACCAGCCUCCUCAUCAGCUGCUUGCAAUGCAGUGUUUGGGUUCACACCAGCUGUUACGGUGUGAACCCAGCCAGUGUGGGCAUGGAGUGGAAAUGUGCACGCUGUCGGGCCAAUGCCAUGAAUGAGAGUUGCUGUCUGUGUUUGCUAAGAGGCGGAGCCUUACAUAAAACCACCAAUGACAAGUGGGUACAUGUGUUGUGUGCCGUGGCAGUGAUGGAGGCACGCUUUGUCAACAUUACUGAGAGAAGUCCUGUGGAUCUAAGUGGAAUCCCUCUGCAGAGAUUUAAACUUAAAUGUUACUACUGUAAGAAGCGAGUGAAAAAGGCCUCUGGUUGCUGUGUGCAAUGCUCUCAUGGUCGCUGUCCCACUGCAUACCACCCAACCUGUGCCCAGGCUGCUGGGGUACUGAUGCAGCCUGAUGAUUGGCCCUUUGUGGUCCAUGUGACCUGCUGUCGCCACAAAGGCCCUGCUCAGAUUGAGCGCAAUAAGGCAGCUAUGCAUGAGCUUACGGUGGGUCAGAAAGUCAUCUGCAAGCACAAGAAUGGCCGCUACUAUCAGUGUGAUGUAGUGCAGCUGUCGAAAGAGACCUUUUAUGAAGUAAACUUUGAUGAUGGUUCCUUCAGUGAUAACCUCUUCCCAGAGGAUAUUGUGAAUCGAGACUGCGCUCAGCUUGGUCCCCCACCGCAGGGUGAAGUUGUUCAGGUGCGAUGGACAGAUGGACUGGUGUACGGGGCCAAAUUUGUGGCUGCUCAUGUUAUUCAAAUGUACUUGGUGGAAUUUGAAGAUGGCUCACAGCUAACAGCCAAGAGAAAUGAUGUCUACAGUCUGGAUGAAGAACUUCCCAAGAGAGUCAAAUCCAGACUGUCUAAAGCAUCAGACAUGAGGUUUGAUGGAAUUUUUGAAGACAAUGAGAUAAUCCAGGAGUCUAAGAGGCAACGAGUGAUCAACUCACGCUACAGGGGGGACUACAUAGAGCCUGUGAUUUACAGAGCCAUCAUGGAGUAGACCCUCACUGCUGGUCAGCCCAGCUUACACACCAGCAGCACCAUUUGACUGAAAUGUUUUCAUGCACCUUAACUUUGCAGCUAGUCUCAGACAAUGUAGCAGAGGAUGGCUUCUUCAGGACCUGCAUGGACUGCUUUCAAAUUCUAACACUUAGUUUCCUUUGCUGGAGUUUGAGG